CUUAUGAUCAAUGUGAUGUACUUCACACAUCGUUCUUUAAUAGUUGCAACAUUGUGAUUUUUACAAUAUUUACGCAUCUUACUUUGACCAUGAUUUUCUACUACUAGUAAUAUAUACGAAGUAUAAUCAAAUUAUUAUGUAUAAAUUAUUAUUAAAUUUUUAGUAAUGUGAAUUUCUGAAAUAUUUGCUUUUUAUAAUUUUCAUUGAUAGAAUUUAAAUAUAAUUAUAGUUAAAGUUGUGAAUUGAUAAACAUAAAAGUCAAACUAUUGUAAUCUAUCUUAAUAUAAAAGCAAAAGAAUUGGAGGAACAGUGUUCCCGCCUACAUAUGUCAACAUCAUGUUUAUUUUUAAUUUUUCAUUUAAAAUUAUUUACAAUCAAUUGUGUUCACAUUUUAAAUAAUAAAAAAUAGGGUGAGACUUCUCUACUACAGUGUUGCCAGUUCAAGGCAAUUGGUAGAUUAAAAACUGCCUACAGUGUUUGCAUUGCAAUUGGUUGAGAGCUCUUCGCUACAGUGUUUUCAUUAAAUUCUUGCGUGUUGGGUAUUCAAGAAUAUGCAAAGGAUUUGGAUCUUUGCAAUCCUAUUGGUUCAAAUCAUGUGGGCACAGUAAAAAUUUCAUGUGAGCAUUCUUAUUGGCUAUUGUUGGCGGUGUGCACUGUUUACACACACAUAUCCUAUUGUUUUAUUGGUUUAAUGGGGUGGUGAUAACAGUGUGUUUGAUUUUGUGUAUCUCACUCUAAUGGAUGAGUUGUUCACCACUCAUCUAUAAAAGCAUGUGUGAAGCAUGAAGCUAACCAUUCAGUCCGAUACAAAGUGCAAUAGCAUAAUUUUUUUCAAUAUUCCUUUUAAAAUGGCUGGAAUGUGAUCAAUGAUAAGGGAAAUUGAUCAAAGCAGGGCUACUUGAGCCAUAAAGGCCAGGGCUACAAGAGUGUAUAGGGAACCUGCCCAUGACGGUUUUCCCCCUUCUUUGGAAGUGAUAUUCCAUGACGAAGAGGGCUCCAAGAUUCAUGGACACAUCCCGGAUCAGUAUAUCGGGAAAUUUUGCAGCCUAUUCAGGGAGGGUAGAAUUUACGCUGUGAAAAACUUUAUGGUAGAAGAAAACUUCAAGUUUUUCAAAACGACUACUAGCACAUACAGGCUUCGAUUCUUUAAGAAAAGUGAAGGUUUCGAAAUACAAAUCCCUUUCCCUUUGAGGACUUUUAAUUUAGUGUCCUUCGCUGCUUUACAAGCAGCAGAAACAAUCGACGACAAAGUUGUUGUGGAUAUCAUUGGACAGGUCGUUCAUGAUAAAGAUCCGAAGACAAUUCUUAAAAAUGACCGUCCUAAGAAGCUAAUUGAGCUCAUCCUAGGAGAUACCGAGGGAAAUGUGAUCGGCUACACGCUCUGGGGUCCCAUGGUCGAAAUGUUGUUAACGUACAAGUUGUCCACGGCGGAACCCAUUGUCAUGCUGCUUCAAUGCUACCGCGCAAAGAAAUACCAGGGAUGGCAAAUAGGUGCGGUGAGGGUUUGAGUUUCACAAUUUCCUCUUAUACUUCUAAUGAGGGCGAUAUUGGCACUGGACAGAUACAACUGGUGACAAUUGAUCAACUCACACAAAUGGAGGAGGAUGGUAAACAUUGGGUCUAUGGAGAAAUUGCGGGGAUAGACAGUCACAAAGAUUGUCCUAUGUUUCAUGCAUAGGAUGCAACCGCAAAGUGACACCAAAUGGUGACACCUUUAUUUGCUUAUCUUGCAAUUCAUCGGAUGCUGUCAUGAGGUAUAGAGUCACCGUAAGGGUUGUCGACAAAACUUCGCAUGCUUCCUUUCUUCUCUGGGACAGAGAGGUUUCUUGCUUGAUUGGACGUUCCGCUUCGUCCCUAAAAGAACAAGUAUCUCAGAUCGGACUAUUUGUUAAUAUUGUUUCUGAUUCCCUGCUCUCUAUUUAACGACAUGAACACCUAAUCAUCACUCCGUUGUGUAGAGAAACUUUGGAUCACAUUACUUCCCUGCAGAAAUCAAUGCCUUGAUUGACAUUAAGGCGUUGUUCCGCGUUCAAUGCAAGAAGGACAACAUGGACUAUAAGGGUAAUCAGAAUUUCAGUGUGCUAAGGAUGAAUACAGACCCUAAAGUAAUUUCACUCUAUACUCCUGACUCAAGUGCACCAGAGGAGGAGGAUGAGUUCACCAUGUUGAAGAAAGAGUUUUCAGUGGCCGAAAAGGUUGGUUCUUAACAUCAGGUGAUUUCGAAUAGCCCAUUACUGAACAAAGACAAAAGGAUUGCACUUGAGGUUGAUGCAAACAAGGUGAAGAGGGAUCUUUUUGGAGAAUUUUCGUCUACCGUGGCAAAGAAAAGGAUUAAAGGGAUCAAGAUUGAGGAGCCUAAAGAUUGAAUUUGUUCCCAGGGUUUAUUGGUGUUUAUAAUUAUGUCGUCUAGAUCUCUAAAUUUCAUAGGGUAAUAAUGUAGUAUCUUGGGACUGGCCGUACGAGAACUAAAUCUUAGAAGACUAAAAGCUGCAGUAUCUAAAGUCAGUGUCUUCUAAGUGUUUUGGAUUUUGUGUUUUGUUAUUGGUUCACACAUUUAUACCUAAAGUGUGCUCUCCAUGUAACCUAAGUACUACAAUUUUAAUAAAGUAAGCCCAAUGUUAUGUUUGAUAUUUAUGUUGGGAACAUGAACGGUUAGUUCAUAUUGGACAUGGAUUAAAACUCUAUUAACUAGCAUUUGUUACUUCUGUUACCAGGAAGAAGGUAGUGCUCUUCAAGUUUGAUACUUAAAGAACAUACCGCUCUAUUUUUGUGGUACACAAAUCUGAGCUAUUUGUCAAAAAUGAAAAGGUACGAAAUCUUAUUGGACAUAGUUUAAAACUACACACAAGGAAAAAUACUUACAG